GGUCGGCCCAGUUACUCGCUGACGUCACCGCGUGGUAUUGACCACCGAAGCGAAGCUUUCCCUUUCCGUUCUCAUCCAGCCGAGAGCACCACCGGCGGAGCGGGGAGGCAUCCAUGGUGGUCAGCACAUUCAGCGGCCCGGGGAUUGGGCUCGGCUUCGGCGUCGGAUGCGGAUUUGGAAUCGGAUGGGGGUUCGGAGGAAUGCCUCUGAAUGCGUUUGGCUUGGGCAUCGGUGGGGGAUGCGGAGUUGGUCUUGGGUUAGGAUGGGGCUUUGGCAACGGUUAUGGUUGUCAAUAUCGAUCUUCGAAGGUCCAGUUUCAGGGCAUUGAAUUCCAGAAAAAGUCUGAAGGAGAUGAUUCGCCAAAGCUGAUUUCAUCAGGGCUUGUGGAAAAAUCUCGUCCUUAUGGCUAGUAUAGCUGCCAUCAUAUAGUUCGCACCAGCAAUGGUACCACUGUUCCAUGCCAUCAUAUAGUUUGCACCAGUAAUGGUGCCAUUGUUCCAUAAUUGUAGCUUAAUUACCUACUAGCUCUCUGAAAGCAUUUUGAUGUUUUGUUGAACUUAAUUGUAACCAGAAUGAGGAUUAUCCAUGGCAUUUUCAUCAUGCAAAAUGAUGUUCUGUUUGGACUAAUAUCUUGUCCAUUAA